GUUUGAUCUGGCGUUAGCCUCGAUCGCAUCUCUCAUUUCUCUCUUGCUUGUCACAUAUCGCUCUUUCUAUCCUGCUGUGUUGUUGCGUUUGUCUCUGAUCGUGAGCCAUGUCGUACUAUCCUCCUUCACAGGGCUAUUCGGGUGGUCAAGGCGGUUACCCUCCACCUCAACAGCAAUACCCCCCUCCGUCAUAUGGAGCGCCGCCGCCCCAACAAUACCCCCAGCAGGGUUACGGAGGAUAUCCACCACAAGGCCCCCCUCCCCAAAACCCAUAUGGAUAUGCCCCUCACCCACCGUCUCCUCAGCCACCUUACAAUGGCGGAUAUCAUGCUCCACCUCAUCAGCAAGCUAUGUACGGUGCUCCACAUCCUCCACAUCCAAGCGUCUCUCCGGGUCCUCCAAGCGGUGCCCCAAUGUAUAGCGGUCGCUCAGGUGCCCCUCCUCCCGCACACUCUCCCUAUCCGAACUCGUACAACCAUGGCCCUCCCGGCCACAGUGCAGGCCAUAACGGCCCUCCACCACCCCCGACACAGCCUGUCCAGUUCGGCCAUGGCGCUCCCCAGGGAUAUAGCUUCCAGUACUCGAAUUGCACGGGAAAGCGGAAGGCAUUGUUGAUUGGAAUCAACUAUUUCGGUCAGCGCGGACAACUGCGAGGUUGCAUUAAUGAUGUGAAAAACAUGUCGACCUAUCUGAACCAAAAUUUUGGCUACGCACGCGAGGACAUGGUGAUCCUCACUGAUGACCAGCAAAAUCCAAUGAGUCAGCCAACCAAAGCAAACAUUCUGCGAGCCAUGCACUGGCUAGUAAAGGAUGCUAGGCCUAACGACUCCCUCUUCUUCCAUUAUUCAGGUCAUGGUGGUCAGACGAAGGAUCUUGACGGCGACGAAGAAGAUGGGAAUGACGAGGUCAUCUACCCUGUGGAUUUCAGGUCGGCUGGACAUAUCGUUGAUGACGAAAUGCAUAGAAUUAUGGUUAAGUCGCUGCUUCCUGGUGUCCGUCUAACUGCAAUUUUCGACUCGUGUCACUCCGGCUCAGCCCUCGAUCUUCCGUACAUUUACUCUACGCAGGGAAUUCUCAAGGAGCCCAAUUUGGCCAAGGAGGCUGGUCAAGGUCUGCUCAGCGUUGUGUCUGCGUACGCGAGAGGAGACGUUUCGGGAAUGCUUUCCACCGUUGGUGGACUGAUAAAAAAGGCUACGAGCGGCGAUGCAAGUCACAGCAAGGCAAGACAAACCAAAACAAGCCCCGCGGAUGUUAUUAUGUGGUCUGGAAGUAAAGACAACCAAACAAGUCAAGACGCUACAAUCGCUGGAGAAGCUACUGGCGCCAUGUCCUGGGCCUUCAUUACUGCGCUAAAGAAGAAUCCACAACAGAGCUAUGUGCAACUAUUGAGGAGCAUCCGUGACGAAUUGGCUACGAAAUAUUCUCAGAAGCCCCAAUUGAGUUGUAGCCAUCCGCUGAACACCGAUCUUCUAUAUGUCAUGUAAACGGAAUUUUUUUUUCUUUUCAACUUCCCCCCAAACUGGUUAGAAAGGGUAAGCUCGCUAAGUCGCGCGCCAAUAAAUUAUCGAAACAGUGAUGAAUCCAAAGACAGUUAUUGACUUUACUGGAAACGACACUUGGUUGUUUUGUGCUUAUGACUUUCGCCCAGUCACCCUGGUGCCCGAACCGUUCAACGCUUAUCUAUGCUUUUUCCGAAAGUGUCAUUCCUGUGCAAUUUUUACUGCGUGCUUUACAGCUGUAUCUCCUUCUAAUUGGAUAUGUGUCUCUCUGCCCUGUUCCCGGCUUUCUGACUGUCUUCCAGUUGAAGUACCUCGACGAUUUUCCUAGGUCUCAAGCACGUUUCCAUCUCAUUCUUUUGGAGGUGAUUCCUAAACCGCCUCCUGAGCGGAGACUGAGCGGAGCACCCGAAUAUGAGGGAUGAACAAACCUUGUAACCGAGCUAUUCCAUGGUUUCUGCUUGAGCGUAUAUCAUCCUAUUUAUUCACUUUCCGAUAUCUAGCCCCCUAUCAUCAUUUCACAGAGGCCCGUCAUGGUAUUGGAAGGAUGGAGUAAAGAUCGAAUUUCGGCCUCAGUCUUGCUGUUUCCUUUCUCUUUUGUACUUUCUUAUUUUCAUUUGGGAUGUGAUGCGACUCUCUUGUUUUUGUUAUGUGGUUGGCUGAUUUGCGCUCUACCUGCCUGUCUCGAUUCCCCCGUUUUUUCUUGUUCAGGGAUGGUGUUCUUGUUUUCUCUCGUUGAUUUUGAAGACACGGCACUUGGGAACGAUCUUGGGAAGUGGAGACGGAUCUGCUUUUGGCAUUGGGAAUACGAUCUUUUUCUGGCCCUUGGCUUCGUUUAAUUAAUGCUCAUGAAUAUCCCUUCUUCUCGCCAGAUAUUAUUAUGAAAUGGUUAUUGGAUAUCCAAUGG